ACACCUCCAGGCGAAUGGAGCGGAGUGGAAUGGAACAAUCAAAGCUAUGCAAACCCUGUUGAUUCAACAAUUCAGACGGCUGUGUGAUUUAUUCGCAGUCUGUCUUGAAAAUAUCUCUGUCUCCUGUCUAUUUGUUGAACGCGGGUGAUCGUGACAAGGGCAAUGGCGCACGAGUGGACGAAAGAUCUCAGCUUUUCAGAUCGGCUGGCCGCGACGUCAAAGAUUCUGGUGGCGUAUAAGACUGCCCAUCCAGGCGGCGAAGCAGCGGAAGCAGGCAAAUAUGCCAGGUCGGCUGAAGAGGAUUGUAGAAGACAUGCUCUCUCGAUGACAGAAUAUCACGAGCUCGUAUCUAAAUCCGUCUCUCUGCUCCAGAACGCCGUGCCUCCUUCAGCAGAAGCUCUUGAGGAUCAUCACCAAGACGAACACAUCUUUCCAAACCUCCCCAACACUGGCGCAACCAUAGGCCGAUAUACCCAUGCAUCGCACCAUAGCGAUGGCCUCUUCUCCGAGGUCUUCCGCGCUGUCGACUCCGAGCCAGGAUUGGGUAGUCCGAACUCAACUAAAGUGGUUGCACUGAAAAUCACUACUCCUGCAGUCAUGACGCCACCGCACAAUGCCAUUCGAGAAGCGCGCAUCCUGGGUGCUGCCAAAGGUAGCACGGUCAUACCACUCCUUGAAACCUUUCAGCAAUCCGGUGGUCGUUUCGUCCUCGUGUUCCCGUUCAUGCCCCACGAUCUGGGAACGCUUCUUGAGCAAGGCUACUUCCGCAAGCAUCAAACGAUUUCCAGUGUGAGCGCCCACCCUCGUCGCGUCAUCCUUCGUGACCUCUUCACGGGGCUCAAGCACUUGCACAGCCUCGGCAUUCUUCAUCGCGACAUCAAGCCCGGAAACAUCCUGCUUGCUUCGCCACAGGGGCCGGCCUAUCUAGCAGACUUCGGUAUCGCCUGGAUGCCCGGCGAUCGCGAUUCGGAGCCCGACGCCGAGAAAAUCCUUGACGUCGGCACGACGAGCUACCGCGCGCCGGAACUACUCUUCGGCUGCACGGAUUAUGGUGUGGGCGUUGACCUCUGGGCUGCUGGAUGUGUCGCGGCACAGCUUGUCCGGGACGAUGCACAUCGACCUUUAUUUGAUGCCGGUGACAUGGGAAGCGAGCUAGCACUCAUCAAGAGCAUCUUCACCACGCUUGGCACGCCGGACGAUGAAGGACGGAUGUGGCCAGAGACGCUUGUACCCGGGCGAAUACCGGAUUGGGGCAAGAUGCGUUUCAAGCACUUCUCGCCAUUGUCCUGGAGCGACGAGAUCCUGGUGGGCGCAGAUGAGUUUGCUGUCGAUUUGGUGAGAACGUUGGUCGUAUAUGAGAGCGGUUCUCGUCUCAGCGCAUCAGAUGUGAGUGUUUGCCUUUUUUCUCGUGCUUGACACAUCCUCCACUGGCGACUAUCUUUUUCGUCCUGCGUCUCUGACUGUCCUGCACCAUACAAUCCAUGCUGAUUUCUAGGCCCUUGAACAUCCAUAUCUACAACCACAAGUUUAGCAGAUGCAACGGACUGUGCCGGUCAAACUACGAUCAUCAAGCCCGUGGUCUUGCUGACGUAUGUGAGGAAUACUCGCUGGAUUGAGGUCAUGUUCUAAAGCUAUGCGGAUUUGGUGAAUCAAAAUUAGAGCAACAUGCAAGUUGCCAAUCUAGUUGUAUAUUCGUUGUCAAAAAUGCC